AUGGUGUUUGGAGAGAUUCUGAGGACCAUUGGAGAAUUCGGAGUUUUUCAAAAGAUUAUCCUUAUUGCACUAACCUUUCCCAAUUUUCUACUGCCGUCAUGUUUUUCUAGUUUUCUUUUUAUCCAGUCAGAUCCGGAUCGACAUUGUAACACAGACUGGAUUCUCAAGGUUGCGCCUAACCUCACACAGGAAGAGCAGCUAAACCUGACCAUUCCUCUGGAGCGGAAUGGUUCUUUCAGCAAGUGCCACAUGUUUGUUCCGGUGGAAUGGGAUAUUGAAACCAUCAGGGAGCAUGGGCUUAACAAGACCACAGUAUGCCAGAAUGGUUGGGUGUACUUCAACACAAUGUAUGAAUCCACAAUAGUUACGGAUUUUGAUCUUGUCUGCGACAAGUCCAACUUGCCCGCUGUUGUCCAGACUAUCUUCAUGGCUGGUAUACUUUCUGGUUCAAUCAUCUUUGGGCCUAUUCUUGAACAUUUAGGCCGUCUGAAAAACACACAAAUACCAGCAGGUGUCCUGGUAAUAUGCAAUAUUGUGUCUGGCGCAUCUCCAAAUUUCUAUGUCUACAUUGUGGCACAGUUCCUGGUGGGAGUUGGUCUUGCUGGCUAUAGGGUUAACUCUACUGUCUUAGCUACAGAGUGGUUAGGGGUCACCAAAAGAUCCUACGCCUCCUGUUUGUGCCAAAUGUUUGCCGCCCUCGGACAGUGUUUCUUGGCCGGUGUGGUCUAUGAAAUUCGUAACUGGAGAAUAAUACAAUAUGGUUUGGCAGUUGUCUACGUCCUAGUUGUCUUCUACAUUUGGUGGAUUCCCGAAUCUGUGAGAUGGUUGUUGAGUCAAGGAAGAAUCGAGGAAGCAGGGAGGUUGAUCAGGAAAGUUGCAGCAAUAAAUAAACGGGAAAUACCUGAGAAUAUGUUGGAAAUCAUGGUAAACGAGAAAGGAGAAAACCAAAGUGGAGCAAUGAAAACAAUUUUUACCAAUGCUAUCUUACUGAAAUAUUUGUUCAGUGUGUGUUUGACAUGGUUUUCAGUAAAUCUAGGCUACUUUUGUCUUAUUCUCAAUGUUGGGAAAUUUGGUUUGGACAUCUUUCUGGUUCAAUUUAUCUUUGGCAUUUCGGAAAUACCAGUCCAUCUCCUCUGCAUUUGGGUGUUGGAACUGCUGGGGAGAAAAAUUACCCUCAUUUUUACUCUUCUCACUGGUGGGUUUGUUUGCUUCUUGACCCUGGCUUUCUCACAAGAGAGUGCUAUCGCUAUUACAACUCUUGUCACUGUAGGGAAAUUCUUUUUAAAUGGGGCCACUUCAGUAUGCAUGGUCUACUCUCAAGAGCUGUUUCCCACUUCAAUCAGGCAAACCGCUGUUGGCUUUGGGGCCAUAGCAAUGAGAGGUGCUGGACUGCUGGCUCCAUUGGUCAACAUGUUGGCCAUAUACCACAGAUCUAUACCCAUCAUCAUUUUCAGCACCCUUACAGUGUUCAGCGCAGCUCUAGUUUUCCUUCUUCCUGAAACCCGGAGAAAAGAACUGCCCGAUUCUACCAGUGAGGUGCAGGGCAAUAGAAAUGUCAUGAAGAAGGCAGGAACUGACUUAAGGAAGACCCAGCAAAUGAGAAGAAAAGCCACCAGACUUUAA